AUGCCAGGGAAGCCCAAGCACCUGGGCGUCCCCAACGGACGCAUGGUUGUGGCUGUCUCAGAUGGAGAGCUGAGCAGCAUGGCGGGGCCCCAGGGCCAGGGAGAGGGCCGAGGCAGCUCCCUCAGCAUCCACAGCCUUCCCAGUGGCCCCAGCAGCCCCUUCCCCACCGAGGAGCAUCCUGUGGCCAGCUGGGGCCUGUCCUUCGAGCGGCUGCUGCAGGACCCGCUGGGCCUGGCUUACUUCACUGAGUUCCUGAAGAAGGAGUUCAGUGCUGAGAACGUGACAUUCUGGAAGGCCUGCGAGCGCUUCCAGCAGAUCCCCGCCAGCGACACCCAGCAGUUAGCUCAGGAGGCCCGGAACAUCUACCAGGAGUUUCUAUCCAGCCAGGCACUGAGCCCUGUGAACAUCGACAGGCAGGCCUGGCUCGGCGAGGAGGUGCUGGCAGAGCCCCGACCGGACAUGUUCCGGGCACAGCAGCUUCAGAUCUUCAACUUGAUGAAGUUUGACAGCUAUGCACGCUUCGUCAAAUCCCCGCUGUACCGCGAGUGCCUCCUUGCGGAGGCCGAGGGUCGGCCCCUGCGGGAACCUGGCUCCUCGCGCCUUGGCAGCCCUGACACCACGAGAAAGAAGCCGAAGCUGAAGCCCGGAAAGUCGCUGCCGCUGGGCGUGGAGGAGUUGGGGCAGCUGCCUCCUGCUGAGGGCCCUGGGGGCCGCCCGCUCCGCAUGUCCUUCCGCAGGGAACUAGGGGGCGGCGCAUCAAACUCAGCUUUGCGCCGAGAGUCCCAGGGGUCCCUCAACUCCUCUGCCAGUCUGGACCUCGGCUUUCUUGCCUUUGUCAGCAGCAAAUCUGAGAGCCACCGGAAGAGCCUUGGGAGCUCAGAAGGUGAGAGUGAAAGCCGACCAGGGAAGUAUUGCUGCGUGUACCUGCCUGAUGGCACAGCCUCCUUGGCCCUGGCCCGACCUGGCCUCACCAUCCGUGACAUGCUGGAAGGCAUCUGUGAGAAACGAGGCCUCUCUCUACCUGACAUCAAGGUCUACCUGGUGGGCAACGAGCAGGCCCUGGUCCUGGAUCAGGACUGCACCGUGCUGGCGGACCAGGAAGUGCGGCUGGAGAACAGAAUCACUUUCGAGCUCGAGUUGGCGGCGCUGGAGCGCGUGGUGCGGAUCUCCGCCAAGCCCACCAAGCGGCUGCAGGAGGCGCUGCAGCCCAUCCUGGCGAAGCACGGCCUGAGCCCGCAACAGGUGGCGCUGCGUCGGCCAGGAGAGAAGCAGCCACUAGAUCUGAGGAAGCUAGUGAGUUCGGUGGCGGCCGAGAGAUUGGUUUUGGACAGUCUCCCAGGUGUGAAGAUCACUGAAGCUGGAGACAUAUCCCCCUGCCUCAGCCAGGGUGGCCCGCCUACAAUCCAGGACAAGGCUGCCCACCUCCCUCCACUGUCCCUGAACUCGCUGGCCCAGGCACCCAGUAGUAUCACUGGGAAGCGGCAGACCUGUGACAUUGAAGGCCUGGUGGAGCUACUGAACCGGGUGCAGAGCAGUGGAGCCCAUGACCAGAGGGGUCUUCUGCGCAAAGAGGACCUGGUGCUUCCAGAAUUUCUGCAGCUGCCUGCCCAAGGAGCCAACUCCCAGGAAGCCCCACCACAGACUGAAUCAGCGGCCCAGCCCAAAGGGAGCCCCUCAGACUCCACUGCACACUCGGCCCUCUGA